UGACAGAGACAGCGCAAGCCCGAAGACGGCACAGACCGUGGCGGGGGGGAACGGAGAGAGAAGGACACCGAUGCUGUUGUUGUUGUUGCUCCGGACGCGGCGACGAUGCGGCCACACUGCUGGGUGAUGGUAGCGCUGGCGGGGAUCAUGUCUUACCUGAGCCCGGAGAGAGCGCUCGGAGCCCCGCAGAGGGAAGUCUCCCAGACCAGGACUGCAUCCCUCUCUCCUCCACCUUACAUCGUCAUCCUCAUCUCUUGCUCGGGCCUCGUCUCUUUUGUUCUAUUGCUCCUGACCUGCCUGUGCUGUAAGAGAGGAGGAGUGGGGUUCAAUGAGUUUGACAAUGCAGACGGGGAAGAGUGCUCCGGCGGCUCAAGUCCCAUACAGGAGGACAGCCUGUCAUCAUGUCCCUCCCUCCCUGAGGUCUACACCCUGCCAGUCAGAGACAGGUCCAACUGCCCCGCCCUGCAGGACGGAGCAGACUCCAAGUCUCAGUGCUUCAAAAGACACGCUUUAAACUACCUUCAGGAGAUAGGGAAUGGCUGGUUCGGAAAGGUGAUCCUGGCUGAAGUGCUGUGUGACUGCAGCUCCUCUCAGGCUGUGGUGAAGGAGCUUCGUGUCAGUGCCAGCCCCCUGGAGCAGAGAAAGUUCUUGGCUGAGUCUGAGCCAUACAGGAGUCUUAAACAUCCCAACAUCCUUCAGUGUUUGGGGCAAUGUAGUGAGAGCAUCCCCUUCCUCCUGGUAAUGGAGUUCUGUCAGCUGGGUGACCUGAAGAGGUAUCUGAGAGCCCAACGCAAGUCAGACGGGAUGACUCCUGACCUGCUGACUCGAGACCUCCUGACUCUUCAAAGAAUGGCUUUUGAGAUCACCUCUGGCCUGCUGCAUCUUCAUGAAAGCAACUACAUCCACAGUGAUCUGGCUUUAAGAAACUGCCUGCUGACAUCUGACCUCACUGUAAGGAUAGGGGACUAUGGCCUUUCUCACAACCAUUAUAAGGAGGACUAUUACCUUACUCCUGACAAGCUUUGGAUUCCACUACGCUGGAUUGCUCCGGAGCUGCUUGAGGAGUACAGGGGAUCUCUUAUUGUUACAGACCAAACAAAAACCAGCAACGUGUGGUCCUUAGGAGUGGUUAUAUGGGAGCUGUUUGAGUUUGGGUCUCAGCCCCACAGACACCUAAGCGACGAAGAGGUGCUGACCUUCGUAAUUAGGGAGCGACAGAUCACCCUCGCCCAGCCAAGACUCAAACUCUCCCAUGCUGACUACUGGUAUGAGAUCAUGCAGUCCUGCUGGUUACCUCCAUCUCAACGGCCCCCUGUAGCAGAAAUAUUCCUCCUCCUCUCCUCCCUCCUGGCCGCUGAGCGAGGAAUGGUGAGGGGGAGUGUCGGGGAAGAAGAUGAAGAGGAUGAGGAGUAUGAGGAUGGCAGAGGAAGGAGAGGGGAGAGCGAGGAGUCAUUUGAAAGACGCUGGGACCUACUCCGUCCACCUGCUUUCCAGACUGCAGCAAAUGAAAGGCACAGGGAGAGAGACUAUGGCAGGGAGGACAGAGACAACUCAUACCCUCUGCUGGACCCUGUGGGGAACUGUAUCACCCCGUCUUCUUCAGAACUGGACGAUAUUCUUACUGUCACUGAAACCAGCAAAGGUUUGAAUUUUGAGUAUUUCUGGGAGAAAGCUCAUGCCAGAAGGGGCUACAAACCUCUUCCUCCCCCUCAGCCGAUCCCGACUGUGAACAACAACCACAGACAGUCUUUGGACACUCCCACUGUGGUUCCAGUGAUAAGUGCCCGCAGCCCUUCUCUUGCCAGCGAGUAUUACAUUAGACUAGAGGAGCACACUCCCCAGGACAAAUCGCCAACUCUCAAAGGAAAGACCCAGUCGUCGUUUCGCUCUGACUCGAUGUGCCAUGGAGAUGUGGAGCUGGUGGAGAUUCGUAGUGGAAUGUUGGGAAAAGAGCGAGUCCCUUAUUGUUCUUCUGACAAAUACGGAAAGGGCCUCCAGACUGUCAGAUCAAGCGAGGUUCAACUGCAGAUGCCAAACACUGGUGUUGCUGAGUUUAGAGACACUUCAAGUAGAGUGACUGACUUCUCAGUGGUGGAUUUGGGAGAUGAUGAUGAAGAGGAGAAGAGAAAGAGCAGCAAUGCAGAUAAAAAGUCAUCUGAAAGUUCUCAAGCCCCUGUACUCCCUCCCAAGCCUCGCUCAAUGUCAAUGUCUAACCACCUUCACUCACGCCCCCUCCCUGUCCCUCCGCUUGGAUACAGAGGACUGCCUCAUUACACCAUUGGUGGAAAAAUUGAAACAGACCCCCAUCAUAUGAGCAGCUGCCCACCUUCCACAUUUGAACACCUUGGGCUUCACAGGGCCCGACAGACUCUUCCCCCAUCCCCAUCCCUUUCCCCAUCCCUUCCCCCAUCGAGCCACCCAAUUUACCCCCAACCCCCCCAAAUGUGUCCCCCACCUCUUCCUCCCCACACGAAACCACAAAGGAGCUGCAACAUCUAUAACAGCUAUAACACAGCAGAGACUUAUUCCAGAUACAAUAAGCCACAGAUGCAGAGAUCUCAUAGAGACCCGCUAUCCUGUGACUUGUCGGACAGAGAGGGGGUUACCAGGCACUCAGUAUCAUUGCACAACUCCAAGGAGACUUCUCAUUCUCGUGUAAAAGACUUUGACUCCCCUAUUCGUCGAGAAAACCCGCUGCGCCCUAUUUAUCGCAAUUUACCCCGUCCCCAGCCAACAAACCCCCUGAUCGAGAGACAGUCCUCAUCGAGUCCCACCUACUCAGAUGAGGAUGACUCUCCCUUCAUGUCCCCUGAGAGACAAAGCGGUGGGACUACUGUUACUCAUUCCAGCCUAUCUGAAGAUGCAGACCCAACCUGUUCAGAGUUUUUCUCCAGGGGGAUGAAAAGGACUCAGUCACGCCUUGACACCAUCCUGCCAAGCAUUUGGAGGGAAGAUGCUGAACUUCAAGCAGAACUUGUGGCUGCUGCUAAGAAAUCCCCUAUGCAUCUGUUUCUGACAGAGAUAUCAAGCGUGACAGAGUCUAAUGAGUCCAAGAAAGAGACUUCAUUUGAGGGAGAGAAGGUAGAGAAAGGAGAUGGAGAGAGAUGGGGGAACUUUUUGCUUCCAAACAGAGGCAUGCGCCGCUCCCAGUCACUGAUCACAGAGUUGGGUUCAGCAACUCAUUCAUGGGGAUCAGAGAAACCCAGCAGCAGGACAGGAGCUGAGGAGGACAAUUCAGUCACAAAAGAAACAUUCCAGGGAGAUCUUUUCCUCACAGAGAUAGACACAGGAAGAAUGGAUCCAGGUACAGAAGGAGGAUCAGAGCCUGAUCCAGUAAAAUACCUCUAUCCAGCAGGAUCCAGAUUGCGGCCCUAUGUCUGUGCCCCAGGCCUUCCCUCAUACACUGAGGCUGAAGAAGCCUACUCAAAGGGUAUAAGGAGAUCCCGCUCUCUCCUCUCUGAGAUAACAAUCGGCAAGCAGGAGUCAGAACUGCAGCAGCCUGAGAAGGAGCCUCAGAGAACAGAAAUGACCAGGGAGGAGUUCCUAAAGGAGAUCCAAUCAGCAGAGACCUUCCUUACUGAAAUCAUAUCUAGACAAAAGGCAGCUGCAGACAAAAAAGAAGCAGACCCUUCUUACUCCCCUACUCCACUGUCUCCUGAAUAUGAGUCCAUAUGCAUUGACCCAAACUCUGCUCAGACCAUCAGAUUUCAGUCAGAGAGCGCCAUACGAGCAUCCAGCAAAGGAAAAGAUGAUACUCAAACUGAGGCAAUCUACGCCCAAGUGACAAAGCGAGCUAAAAAGAGUGAGAUUAAAGUUUCCAAGAGACCUGGGAUCCCAAUCCUUCACAUAGGAUCUAACAAACAACCUCUCAAAAAUGACAGCAAUGGUGACCUCUGCCAAUCUGACGAGUUUGUGUUUUCAGAAAUCAUGCCCAAAAAUGGUCUCCUGCACAACCAAACACUAGGUUGUCAAAAAGACGAGGAGGAGUGUGCAGAUGGCCCUGCUUUACCUUCCAGGGGAGAGCAUACAGAUCUUUUAGAGCGGUCAAUUUCUGAGUCAACAGAGGAUGUUAAAGAAUCUAACACAAAUAAAAGAGAUACUCAAAAGGCUGCCGUUAUAGGGAAUGGUGACAUAAUGAAGGAAGAACUACAGCCCAGCAGCCCUGACAGAGAAACAUGUGGAAUGACCAAUACCAUGUCGAAUGACAAUGACAAAGAAAAGCACCAUAAUGAUAACAUUUCUGUAGUUGACUCUAAUCACAUCACAGCAGCUAAUGACUUGCAGAACGCCAAAAGAGACAAUUUGUUUCAACACAAUGAUGCAAGUCAGGAAGAACAACGUCACAUUGCUCAAAUGUCAUCUACUCCUGCCGCCACUCCAACCACUCCAGACUGGGACCCAUCCACUGAUGUCUCACUUACCACGCCAACUGACUCAGUACUGUCACCUAUGACCUCCAGCUCAGCCGACUGCCUCACACCCAGUGACUCAUGGGCGGGUACCGGAGGAGGAGGAGGAGCUGGGAAUAGCAGUUGGCGAGCUCUGGGAAAUGAAACACCACAUCGGGACUCUGCCUAUUUCUCAGAUAGUGACUGGGAGAGCGAUGGGAUGAACAGGAGGAGCAGUGAUGGACUGGUCGCCUCCAGACCAAGCAGUGGUCGAGGAGGGGAUCGGGGAACACUAACAGGGAUAGAGGAAAAAACAGAGGAGGAAGGGGAGAUGGGUCACAAGAGCCCCUUAAGAAACAGCAUACAGACGUUGGAUAAGAGAAGAGAAACUGUAGAAAAGACGACUAUUGAGAUGUGUGACGAAAGGAGUACUCUGAAUCAAGAUGCUCCCGAAAAUGCCAUCUCUCAUUUCAGUAAAGAAAAAGAUAUUCUUAACAAAGGGCUGGAGUCAACACAGAGAGACGAUUCUGGCAUUUUUCAAAAUGAGAGCAUAAAUUCAACAAUGUUUGGUGAUGAUUUGCAGGUCGAGAACUGCGUUGACUUCAUUGAUCAGUUGUUUUCAGAUUUAGAUGAUGAAAAAGGGCUCCGAAACUGUGGUGGGUAUCCGAUUGACAACCACCUCAGAGACGGUAUUAUCUCUCAAAUAGCAGAUUGCAAAUAUCAGGACUGUAAAGAAAAUGAUGUAAACCUUCAUUCUAAGAGCAUGGCUGAGACAAAUAUAUUGAUUGAGUCUCUAUCUGGCAGCCAGUCAAAGGAAUGCAUGUUAGGGCAGAUAAACAAUGAUUACACGGGCGUUACAAAGACUGAUAUCAAUCUCUCUGCAGUGGACUCCCAAAAAUUUGGAAAUGACUCUGUGGAAUUUGUGAUAACAUCCCAAGUUGACGACAAAGACUCAAGACUAUCUAAACUGCAUGGCAUUAAGAAAGGUGACACCACUCAGUUGAAAGUGGAGCCAUGUGAUGAUGGGAGGUCCAUCUAUGAAAAAGAGAUGAUAGGUUCUUCUUGGGAUGUGGAGGUUGUUGAAGAGCUGGAAGGACAUAAAACGAGUCCCCGUCUAGACCAUAAUGAGCUGGGCCUGAGAAACCUGCAUUGCUCUGACGGCAGCGAAGAAAAACAGGCCACGACAGAGACCGAUAAACAGCUAGCUGCGGCAGAGCUUUGUAAUGCUUUGAAGGAAAAGUCACCCCUCAAAGGAGCAGUACAUCUGAGGGAGCCUUCUAACAAUACGGAUGAAGACCCUUGUGUGGGCCUAGAGGUAAAGACUAAAGAGUUAUGGAGUGUCCUGGGGGAGGAUGAGGAACGUACAGAAUCUAGUGUUGUGAAAGGAGAGUUUGACUGCCAGCGUUUCACUGAGUCAAGGGACUUGCGUUUGUGGCCUGAUGAAAAUGACCAGUGGGCCACUCCAGAGAGGAGGAGCCAGGACGCUGAACUUCGAUCAGAGUUUUUCUCUGGGUUCAGUAACAAGGCCUGGGAGGUUGGGGAGAGGCUUGUUGUGGGUCAGGAGUUUUGGGAGACUGAAGAAAAUGACGAACUUGCAGGAAGUGAACCUCACCCUGCCAUCUUGGAGGGCUGUGAAGAAACCUGGAACGAUGAAACCCAAGGACUUGCUUGUAACGUUGCUAUGAAGGAAAAGUGGGAGUCUGAAGAAGACGAGGACCAGCUCAUUGUCCAAGCAGUUGACAUACAGCAGGAGGAAAAUAUUGAGAGCUUUGGAGAAACUGGCAUCCUCGACAAAGAACUGAGAGGAGAUAUUGAAGUAGAGAAUAAAGAAAUCCCAGAGAAGGAGUACAAAGAGAGAUCCACUGUGUCAUGCAUAGAGUCAGUCAGUGAAGGGGAAGGUCUGCUGGACUCCACAGAGACAGAGAAGAAUCACAAUUUUAACAGAUGGCCUCAGAAUCCCCUCUGCAACAUGCAAAAAGAGGGGCAGGCAUUAGCUGAGGAUGCUGACGAAGACGCAAGAUCACAUUUUGAGAACCACCUCAGUCAGAAUAAAACAAAUAUAUCCAUAUGCAUUAGUGAAGCUCCUGAUGUGAACUUGUCAGACGAGGAAAAUGUUGAGUCAGGCUUAGAUUCAGAGGCUGAAAUGAGACCAUGGCUUGCCGAGGAGAGCAUAGAAGAUGAAGUAAGCAUUAGGAAUGUAGAGGAGGAUUACAGAGAAAUGCCUGUUCCCUCCAAUCCAAUCUCUUGCCCCAGUGACCUUGAUAUGCAGGAGGUAGAUCAGUCAGAUCCACAGGUAGACAAUUUUAGCUCUGUGGAUUUUCCUAGUCCUCCACCAAGCAUAGACCUCGACGUGCAGGAUGAUAAAUUGGAGAGUUUAGAUGACUCUUUUCCUAGUCCACCCCCAUCUGUUGUAGAGUCAGAGGAGUUUAUUAGUCCCAUUAAUCUAGAAGACUUUAGUACCGAGACCGAGCCAUUUAUUUCUCCAACUCACACCACUGAUGUCUCAGAUCCACCGGCUACUACUCAGAGUGUAGGGAUCUCAGCCAAUCUCAACCUUCCCUCUGUGCAUGUAACACUGGUCGAUGAUAGCAACCUUGCACCAAACACAGAGAGGCAGGAUGGACAAAAUAAUCUAACCCAGGAAACCACCAACUCAUCUUCAGCUCAAGUUCCCCUCAACACUCUGCCAGAAUUACUCAUUUCUGAGUGGAAAGAUAUAGAUGAGGAGCCCCUGGAGGAUUUUGAAAAACUGGAAAAACUUUGCUGUAUAUCUGGGGAUGAGGAAGACUCUCUGGGUGACCUUUUUCUGGGGAACCUGGAGUUUCUGGAAUCUUUAAAGAAAACACCUGAUCAGAAAGCGUGCACUGUUGGUGAUAGUGAUACGUCUGAGGGGAAAUGUGGCCCCUUGGCUCCUGAAGGGAACGAUGUGAAAUUGAGAGAGGGCAGGAUUUCUGAACAAUCAGACGACCUGGUGGAGUUUGUGUCGGAUGUCACCCUGGACUCUCAGGACAAGCUGUCCCCUCAAGACGAGAGGAAUGUUGGGCAGAGAUCCCCAGGACAAGCAUUGGAUGUAAAAGACCAGGGAUCUCUCUCUAAGUUGACAACAAAGAAUGGCCUUAUGAUGCAGGUGUGUGAGGAGAGGCUGCAGUUUUCCCUCAGUGAAAAUGUGAAAACAAAUGUGCUUUGGGGGGCAACUGUUAAAGACACAGUGACGCUUCGGCCCUGGGGAGAGCAGAUCACAGAGAACAGCAAUACUCUGGUCACUGAGGAAGAACAAAAAGAGGAAGCAGGCCUCGAGGUGCUGGAAAGUUCACCAAGCAUUCAGACAGAGACCGAUGAAACUAAAGAUGAACCUUUCACUGUGAUUGAACAACCUGAGGUCACAACCCCUCAGCCUACUGCAAACCAGGCCAUGAAAGCAAAACUAGCUCGCCUGUCUCUCGCUCUUCCUCCUCUUGCUCUGACUCUUCCCCUCACCCAAACCGGUAAACGGGGAUAUGUGGACGGAGCAAUUGGAAAUCGAAUUGGAAGACGGAGAGGUCUGUCCUCGGGAAGCGACCCUGACGAGGAGGAGGAGGAUGAGCAGGAGGACGAAAGCUCCCGCAGGGUGAUUGUUGUCACGGAAACAGACGUGGACAAACGUGUCGGACUGAGGAGUCUGCUGAAGUCCCCCAAGGAGCCGAUGGACAGAGAGAAGGACAGAGGAAGAAAUGUGUCCUUUUUUGAUGAUGUCACGAUAUAUCUUUUUGAUCAGGAAACUCCAACCAAUGAGUUGAGCACUUCAGCGCCCACUAGUCCAGCCCCAGUGACGGUCAAAAGCAACAAGCUGGAUUUGCGUGGACCAAACUCCAAGAGCAAAGAUUCAAAGAGAAAAGAGGAGUUAUCAAUCAAACCAAGGUCGCCUGUGGGGGCUAAUCCAGUGACAUCAUCGCGGUUCACGGUCAGCCCUGCCAACGACCCCCACUUGGUGUGAUGUCAUAACUUUUCGUGGGAAUCUUCAGAGUCAAACCCUCUUGGACUGGCCAGUAAAUUAACCCAAACAACCAGCCAUUCACCCAGAGGCUAUUUUUUUAUUGAAGAGGCAACUGAAGAAUGAGACUCCCGAUAUAAAAGCUGGACACAUUCCAGAUUUUACCAGCGUCAGGACUUUGUAUGACAGGGGUUGUUGUGCUCCUGCCUGCCACUAUUUACAGAGUUUAUUCAAAGCCUUCGGCUACAAAAGUCUUUUGGAAAAGGCAGCAUAUGUCAGGAGAAGAGGAGCCUGGAGCUUUGUAAAAUCUGAAACAGAUUUGACAGCUAUGCAGUGGGAGUCUUGCUGUGUACCAGCUUACCUUCUCUUUUUCUGCUUCAUUUUGUUGUUUUGUUCCCCAGAUGAGCGGAGAAUGCACUUUGGUUAGUCAUUCGUCAGUCUAUGUAAACUCUUGGAUUCCAGUCCUCUCUUUAUAAAAGAAGUUUUUCAUUGCAAUCAGUCAGUUGUUGUUGUAGGCAACAGUUUGGAACAGAAAUCACUUGACUCUUGUAUUUGAGAAUACUCAUUUGCAUUUGUACAAAUAUCAUAACACAGAUGUAUACAAUAUCAUUUUAGAGCUGUUUACUUUUAGAUGUAUUCUUAGACUGCACGAACUAUGAAACAAGCUAUGCUUCGAUAUGUUUAUAAUUCUAAAGAAUUCUCUUAAGUUAUUCCUAUUAAUUUAUAAUUUCAUAAUGUUUUAUUUAUUUAUGUAAAGCCAGUUUCCAUGCAGUAUUUUUUAUUUGAUGAUCUAUUGACUUAUUUAUAAUUUUAUUUUAUUUAUUUGCUUUUCUCUGGGUAACAUACGGUCUAUAAACUUAGCUAUAAUUUGUCCUUGUUUGGGACAGAAAGCGUCUAGGUUAUACCUUCUCUAAGAUCUUCAUAACAGAUAAAUCAAAUAUUUUCCCAAGCGUAUUAAUUGCUAAAAAAAAGAGAAGGUAUUUUGUAUAAUUUUACUUGUUAAUAUAUGCCCAUCUGUAUGAAACUACGUCCUGUAAUGUGUCAUUUUUUGCAAUGUCUAAGAAUUUAGCUGUCUUGUCAUUUUUUUCCCUUGUUUAAUGACAGUUAAUGUAGCUUAGCAUGAAAAAUCAAUGCCUUUCAUCAGUAAAUAAGUCCAUCUGUUUGUGUAUCUGUUAAUUUACUCCAUUUUCUACUAAUAACAGUCCAUUAUGCAGUUCAGGUCCAACUAGUCAAUUUGUUUAGUCUGUUUAAAUGUUGGUUUAAAACCUGUAUUGUUUAAACAUGGUUUUCAAGGGAACAAUGUAUAAACGAGGGGAAAUAAAAACUUAAAAAUA